AUGCUAGAAGAACAUCCUUUCUUUGCUCACCAUCAUCCCCCUCCAUACCAUGACAGCUUCGAAAGCAGCUCCGGGGAGCCCUCAAAAUGCGGGGAAAGGGGGGACAAAGAAAGAGCCAAAAAGGGUAAGGAAGGUGAUGAACAUCCAGAUAAGCCAGAAUUCCGAUUCGGUCAUUCCUGUGGCCGUGGCCGUGGUGGUCGCGGAUUUUUCCGUCGCCAUGAGCAGGAGCAUGGAUUCAGCCGAUGGGCUGCACACGAAGGUCCAGGACUCGGACAUCAUCACCACCACUCUCACCAUGGACGAGGUGGUCUAGGCCCUCAAUUCCACGCAUGGGGAAUGUUCAGCGGACUAGGACGAGGUCCGGGAGGGAGAGGGGGCAGAGGCUUCGGCCAUCAUUUUUACAACUUCCACCAUAUGCACCCUCGCUUCCGCUCUUCUCACCACUCACCCGACACAGCCAGUUUUACGCCUCUGGUCGACAUCUUCGUCACGUCUACCGAAACGAUCAUCCACGCCUCGCUUCCGGGAGCUCAAAAAUCGGAUUUGAGCAUCGCCUAUGACCCAUCGCGCUCUACCCUCCGCAUGGCUGGUGUCGUGCACCGUCCUGGAGUUGACGAAGAGAUGUACAGGGCUUUGCUGGUUGGGGAGAGAGGCCGUCACGUGGGGGUGUUUGAAAGGGAGGUGCCAAUCUCCCAUAACGUUGCCGUGGAAGGGAUCCAGGCUCGACUGGUGGAUGGGGUUCUGAGGGUUGCACUUCCUAGGGUUGAGGGAGAAGUUGGACAACCCGACGAGGAAAUGGACGAGGUGGAAAAGGAGGGCGCAAGUAGUGAAUUGAACAUUGAGGGAGAAGAGGAAGAAGAACACGAGGAUGUGGAAGAGGAAGUUGAGAGGGAGUAUGUGAAGGUGGAUAUUCAGUGA